GAUUCUUAUUCUGAAAAUGAAAACAUAGUCUAAACGUCGUCGUUCAACAUUCACCGCCUACAAAGAAAUUCACAAGACCCAAAAUAUUAGUAUAUCCCUUUUGUACCCUCAACGGAAUACAACAACAUUUUCUCUCUCUCUCUCUCUCUCUUUCUCUCUCUACCAAACCCUACCCUAAUCCAUCAUCACCGAAUUCUCCACCGAUCCUUCAAUCCUAUUUCACAGAUUGAGAUUAGUUAAUAAUGAAUGUUUGAUUGAUGGAUGAUGAUAGUAGAGAUGGAUAAAAUGUCUGCUCCUUCAUCGCGGGAGCGUGCACAACGCCUUUUUGACAAGAACAUUGAAUUGGAGAAGAAGCGCCAUAUAUCAGCUCAAGCACAGGUCCCGUCAGAUCCAAAUAUUUGGCCACAGUUGCGUGAGAAUUAUGAAGCAAUAAUUCUCGAGGAUCACGCUUUUUCCGAGAAGAAUGGUAUUGAGUUUGCUCUUUGGCAAUUGCAUUACAAACGGAUUGAAGAAUUAAGGAAAUAUUUCAAUGCUGCUCGUACUUCUGCAAGCUCAAAAUCAUCUCAGGGCGGGAAAGGUUCUGUACGACCUGAGCGGGUAACUAAAAUAAGGCUGCAGUUGAAGACUUUCCUUUCAGAGGCAACUGGAUUUUACCAUGAUCUUAUCAUGAAAAUCAAAUCAAAGUAUGGGCUUCCUCUUGGUUACUUUGAGGAUUCAGAGAAUCGGAUUGUGAUGGAGAAAGAUGGAAAGAAAUCUGCUGAGAUGAAGAAAAGUUUGAUAUCUUGUCAUCGUUGUUUGAUAUACUUAGGUGAUCUUGCUCGCUACAAAGGAUUGUAUGGUGAAGGUGAUUCAACAAAGCGUGAGUUCACAGCAGCUUCUAGUUACUAUUUACAAGCUGCGUCUAUUUGGCCUUCAAGUGGAAAUCCCCACCAUCAGCUGGCUUUGUUGGCUUCAUAUUCUGGCGAUGAUCUGGCAACUAUUUAUCGUUAUUUUCGGAGUCUGGCUGUGGAUAGUCCAUUUACAACUGCUAGAGAUAAUUUAAUUGUUGCAUUUGAGAAGAAUCGUCAAAGUUACUGUCAGCUUUCUGGUGAUGUUAAAGCUGUCGCAGUCAAGGAAUCUUCUGGGCAAUUAGCUGGCAGAGGAAGAGGAAAAGUAGAAGCAAAACUUGUGACAAGGGGUAAUGGCGUGGAAGCCAGUCCUAAAAACAAAGGAGCAUCCAAUAUACAAGAGACUUACAAAUCCUUCUGCACUCGAUUCAUCCGUCUAAAUGGAAUCUUGUUCACUCGUACAAGCCUUGAGACUUUCACUGAAGUUCUCUCUCUUAUUAGCACUGGCCUGCGUGAGCUUCUGUCAUCAGGUCAAGAUGAAGAGCUGAAUUUUGGCCAGGAUACUCUUGAGAAUGGUCUUGCCAUUGUCAGAAUAAUUUCCAUUAUCAUCUUCACAGUUCAUAAUGUGAAUAAGGAAUCUGAAGGUCAAACUUAUGAAGAAAUUAUACAGCGUGCUGUUCUACUUCAGAAUGCAUUCACUGCAGCUUUCGAACUGAUGAGUAUUAUAAUUGAGAGAUGCGUCCAGGUGAAGGAUCCCUCUUGUAGCUAUCUUUUACCAGGCAUUUUGGUUUUUGUUGAAUGGUUGGCAUGUUAUCCUAAUCAUGCUGCUGCCAAUGAUGUGGAUGAGAAUCAAGCAACUGUUAGAUCAAAAUUUUGGAAUCAUUGUAUUUCCUUCUGGAACAAACUACUUUCAGUUGGGUCUGUGUCUAUUGAAGAUGAUGAAGAGGAUACUUGUUUUAAUAACAUGAGUAAGUAUGAAGAAGGGGAAACUGAAAAUCGACUUGCUUUGUGGGAGGACUUUGAGUUAAGAGGAUUUGUUCCACUUCUCCCUGCACAAACAAUCUUGGAUUUUUCAAGGAAGCAUUCCCUUGGAAGUGAUGGUGAAAAAGAAAGAAAAGCCCGGGUAAAAAGGAUUUUAGCUGCAGGAAAGGCUUUAGCGAAUGUUGUUAGGGUUGAUCAGAAAAUGAUAUAUUUUGACUCAAAGGGAAAGAAAUUUAUAAUUGGUGUUGAGCCUCGUAUCUCAAAUGAUUAUGUUCUUGUCUCUGGCAUACCUGUUGUAGAUGAUUUAUUGGAAGAAAACGCAGCAGACAAGCCAAAGGUAGGUAUUGUUCAGCCAGACCAUCACCAGUAUGUGGAAGAAGAGGAUGAUGAUGAGGUUAUUGUUUUUAAACCUAUAAUAGCCGAGAAGCGAACCAAUGUGGCAGUUGUCUCAUCAGGUGCAUCCCACAAAGGCUUAGAGUCUAUCCCAAAAGCUUCUGGAGGGGAUAUAAAAUUUAAUGUCGAUCCUACUUUUAACACUGCCAAUGAUGUGAACCAUCAAAUGUUUUUGCCUGCUUCUGUCAGUUCUAUGAUGCCUCAACACUUGCAACCAGUUCAGCAACAUUCUUCAAGAUGCCCAGAGGAGGGAAUGUCUCUGGCCAACAUUUUUGAAGGUCUUGGCUUCUUGGAGAAUGGGCAUGUUGUGAAACCUAAUUUCCCACCGCAUGAAGCUGUAUCAACCUUUAACCAUGCCUCACUUACAGUUCCUAAUCAGCAAUCUGUAAGUACUGGUACUAGCUCAUUUUAUGGUAUCUCAAAAGCUGAAGACUUGAUGAUACCAUCCAAUGUUGAUACUUUUGCAUCUUCUGGAGUCAUUACGAAUAACUCUUAUGUGAAUCCAUCAUCAGUAUUGCAAACUGGUUUGAAAAAAUCUCCAGUCAGCCGUCCUUCUAGGCACCUUGGACCUCCUCCUGGCUUCAGUCAUGUUUCUCCUAAGCUAGACAUGGAAUCUACUGUUCCCGAUUCAAUUAAUGGAAAUCCCGUUAUGGAUGACUACAGUUGGUUGGAUGGAUAUCAGUUGCCUUCAUCCACCAAAGGUUUAGCCCCCAAUGGUCCUAUUACUUACACUCAAUCAAAUUCCCAGCAAGUAAAUAACAAUAUUUUGAGUGGGACAGCUUCCUUUCCCUUUCCUGGAAAACAAGUUCCAUCUGCACUGCAGGGGCCCAUACAGAAUGGUUGGCAAGAUUAUCAUACUUCCGAGCUUUUAAAAGCUCAUCAUCAACAGCAACUGCAGCCACAACAACCACUCGCAAAUGGAAAUCAACAUUUUACUCCACUGCCUGAGCAAUUUCAAGGACAGUCAAUCUGGACAGGUCGUUACUUGGUGUGAUGUCGGUUUAAGAAUAUUAAUGGUUCUUGAAGGAUUCUUACAGAUGUGCUGCCUCCCUUCUGUAUCCAUUCAAACUUGAAACUCCUACUCAGCUCCUUGUCACUGAAUGUUACUGGAGUUUUUUGGCCUAGACUUGUUGCAGGAUCUUGCUACUCCAAAAGUUUAUACAGAGAUCUAAAGACCAAAGAAAGAUAAGAAAGCAUCUUUACAGUUCGAAGUUUGUUAAGUAAAUGGCUUUUCUGGUUGGGGAUGGAUAGUAGAAGGUGAUUAAUUAAAGAUUAUCCAGUUUUGGUGGAGCUUUUAUCUUCUGGGAUUGGUGGAAAUAAUUUGGUUUGUUCGCUUAUCGGAAAUGUCAUAAUGGUGUGCACCUUUAAUGUAAGAUACUUUACCAUCAACUAGCUGCCAAAUGAUACAUAUAGUGCUAGCACUUUUUCUUCCCCAAAGCUUCAAACUAGUUGGGGAGGUUGAUAGGUUUGAAGUGGUUGUCUGAAGUUGGAUAAUGGAAUAUGCUAAUGACGUUGUGGGUCAUGCUCGAGUAAGUACAUUACUACUUGUGUUUAGGGGCUUCAACUUCAUUAAGGUCCUUUUAUUUUGUUUGCAUGAUAAGUGAUAUCAUUCACUUUUCUUUUUUAUUCUAAGUCGAGGAUUUACUUGAACUUUACAUAUAAAUAAUGCUUGUUGGAUUGUUUGCUGUGGAUGUCUUCGUCAUCCAUGUUGAUAUGAUGUAUCUAUCUAUCUAUAAUAAGAUUAAGUUGUCUCUUA